AUGCGCGUCUACGUCACCGGCCCCUUGGCUGUAGCAGUCAUCCUUACUGGCAUCAAGAGUGCCCCGGGAGCUAUUGGCUUCGCUACCAUAGACGUCGCUCGCUCGGCUUCGGCUCCCGCCGCCAAUAUCAGGGACACCAUGCUCGACAAAAAUGUCGACGGUGAAGAUAGGGCGUGGACCUUUGCGCCUUUUGAUUGUGUAGGUGAACUACUGGAUGUGAUCUUUGGCAGAGUUCGCUCAUCGGAGCCUGUUGCUAGCCGAAUCGGAAAGCUAUACACGAUGAUUAAAUGGGAUACAAUGUACGGUUACAAUCCAGAUUUCCCCUCGAAAGAGCGCGUGAGUAUAGUGGACGGAAUAAAAACGUUUAUGAAGAAUGGAGCAUCGCCCUCAGAAGAACAAGCUAGAAUCUUCGCGACGAGCUAUACAACAAUGGAGGUGCUGAGACAGGCAGAUCGACUCGGGUCCUCCUCAGUAGAAUUUGAUGCUGAAUGUGGACGUAGAAUGCUUGAACUGUUACCGCAGGUCUGGUUAAAGGCAAGAAAAAGUGUCGACGAUGUCUUCAAGGAACUGUACUUUAGCUGUAACAGUCUCAACUACAAGAAAUUGGAGCUGCUUGAGACCUUUAUCGAGCUCCACAAUGAAAUGAAUGGCUGUGAAGACACGUUGGUGGAGACGCUGGUUAGAUUCUAUGGCGACUACGAGCUGCUCAAAUUCCUGACUCGCGAUGCAGAGAAGAAAGAGGAGAACAGUGCUCAGGCACAAGCAUUGCGAAAGAAGUUGAUUGAGGACUGGACGGUCAGGGAAAUCACCGUCAAACAAUUCAAGUCACUGAUGGCACCACCAGGUGGAUGGACGGCGACGGAUGCUCACGAUCCGAUAGAAGACGAAGCUAUAAUGAUUUGGGAUCUAUACCGAAAGCUGCUAAAAGACAUUGAGCUACGGACGGAGAGGCUACACAAGAAAGAGCUUAUCGAAUAG